CUGGGUCAUGGCUGUGUCGCGGAUCUGCGUCCGCAGCUUGGGAAGGUUUUCGGCCAUGAUGGCGCAGAACCGGUACUGCCCUGCCUUGGGAAGACACAUCUGCUCCAGCUGUUCCGAGGUGCAAAGCGCAGGACUUUGGUCUUUAGGUCAGGGCCAGGCCAUUUGGAAGCUAUUCUCGGUGUUCUGGCGCCACCUUGUGGAAGUAAACUAAUCUGCCUCGGGCUAUCCCGACAUAACCCCCCCCACAACAUUUAUGUGCAAGAGCUCGACAAGACCCCCGUCAACCAACUACAUAGGAUGCGACGCACCCGCUCGUGCGUAGCGCCGUGAGCGAGGAGGUCCUGUGACUCGCGUAGAUCUACAGCGCCGGCCAAACAGAGGAAUUAGCGUAGCCUGCUGUGCGGCCAAGACAAACCUCGUUCAGUGGAUUGAGGUUGCGUCAUUCGACAAACGAGCUUUCACACAAAUAUAAGAAUUGGCAAUUAGUUGAACGUGCAUGUUUUCCAAAAGGUGGACUGAUGCAGCUCAGAUACGAGUCCAGGACCUCAGAACUUUGGUUCAAAGGUUCUUCGCCCCAAAAGAAGCUGAUCAACGCUGCGGAGAAUUGCGUCGACGAGGCGCUCUGCGGCCUGGCGAGGGCCUCCGGCGGCCUGUCUCUUCUGCGGGGCCACCGGGUGGUGUUGCGCUCCGACCUGGAUCCGCUGAGGGGAAAAGUGGCCCUGCUGUCGGGAGGGGGGUCGGGACACGAGCCCGCGCACGCCGGUUACGUGGGUGCCGGAAUGCUGUCGGCAGCGGUAGCGGGGGCCGUGUUUGCAUCCCCUCCUCCCGCUAGCGUCCUGGCUGCCAUUCUUUGCCUGCACAGUGCAGGAGCGUCCGGGGUCCUUCUCAUCGUGAAGAACUACACAGGAGACCGCCUCAACUUUGGCUUGGCCGCAGAGCAGGCCCGCAACCGCGGCGUGGAUGUCGACACGGUGGUCGUCGCCGACGACUGCGCGUUCAACUGCCCCGGUAAAGCCGGCAAGAGGGGCUUGUGCGGGACUAUUCUCGUUCACAAGUUGGCAGGUGGCUUAGCUGAAGAAGGCUGCUCAUUGGUCCAAAUUGUUACCCGGGUGAGCGAGGUUUUGCUGGGCACAGGUACGCUGGGAGUCGGCCUGUCUCCGUGCAGCGUUCCCGGCUGUCGGCCGACGUUUGAGCUCCCUCCCGGACGCAUGGAGCUCGGCCUGGGGAUCCACGGGGAGCCUGGCGUGAAAAGAUCCAAGGUGGCGUCUGCGGAUGAGGUGGUGUCGGCCAUGAUCGAUCACAUGACCAGCGCGGAUAGUCGGUCGUCCUUGCAACUGAAGGCGGGUGACGCGCUCGUCGUCUGCGUGAACAAUCUUGGCGCGCUCUCGCGUCUGGAGAUGGCCGUUGUGACUCGGGCGGCCGUCGUCUGUCUGGAGAAUCGUGGGAUGGUGGUUGCCCGGGUGAUGGCCGGUUCCUUCAUGACGUCGCUAGAAAUGGCCGGAAUGUCGCUUACCUUGAUGAGGGCCAGCCCGGAAAUACUCAGACUCUUUGAUGCCAAGACCAGCGCCCCCGCCUGGCCGAACCUCAGCGGCGGCUGUGUUAGUGGACGCGGCUACCUGGCAGACCCGACCGCGGUGCCCGCAGGAGCUCACGACGCCAAUUUGCCCGAAGGACCCCGCAGUCCUGUGAUGCGGAAAGCGCUGGAGAGGGUGUGCUCUACUCUGUUGGACCACCAGGAGAAGCUCAACGCAUUGGACCGCGCGUCUGGAGACGGCGACUGCGGGAACACCCACGCGCAGGCGGCCAGAGACAUUCAAGUGUGGCUCCAGAGUCAUGUGGUCCCCGGUUGCCCCGGCCAACUGUUGUCCGCCCUCGCUGCACUGGUGCAGGAGAAGAUGGGCGGGUCUUCGGGUGCGUUGUACAGUUUGUUCCUCACGGCGGCGAGCGGUCACAUGACUGAGGGGCAAAGUCAUGCCGCGGCGUGGGCCAGUGCAAUGUACGCCGGGAUGGAGGCCGUGAAAAGAUAUGGCGGUGCUGACCUGGGAGACAGAACGAUGUUGGACGCUCUGCAACCUGCCGUAGAGGAGUUGAUGAAACUAAACGGCGCGACUCCCGGCGGGGAGAUUGCCGUCCUGAAAGCCGCCGCGCAGAAAGCGGCCGCGGGCGCCGACUCCACCCGCGGCCUCGCCGCCAAGGCGGGCCGAGCCAGCUACGUCGCGGCCGAGCGCCUCACUCUGCCCGACCCCGGGGCAGAGGCCGUCGCCGCCAUUUUCGGCGCCGUGUCAGAGGCCCUCGAGGAGCCGCACUUGUAGAAACGGUCCAUAGGAUGCAGAGCUAGAACCUCGUAGAAGACGCAUUCCACAAGAAAUAAAGCGUAAAAUACA